AUGGCUCAAAAGUUGCCUCAGUUGACCAAUUCGACCACAUCAAAGUCGUUGCGAGACCAUGAGCGGCAAACAGGAAAUAGCACAAGGAACAGCAAGUCGUGGCUUGAGUGGAUGCGGUCUUUAACAAGAGGAAAUGCGCCGGCAGAGGGUAUUGAGAGAACCACGAGCAGAGCAACGAGCAUAGCUGGAGUUGGACUUGGAACACGACGAAAGAAGACCAGUGACGAAGGAGUUUUUCAUAAGAAAGAGAGGAGUUUCUCCGUGAAAUAUGAAUCGCAAUCAAGCGGAGAGGAAGACAGUGUCCGCCAUCUUCAACGUACACAAACUCAUCGACAUAAGAGGUCCGAGGGUGAAAAUAACAGGGCAGCGAACAACUACCAUCAUCAACAACCACCAUUUGAUUUUCAGCUUCCUGAUUCGUCUCCAGCUUAUGAACACGAAGCCGAAAGAGCAUUAGCAGAUACAAGACAACCCCCAAUGAACACAAGCGACAUCCACGAGGACAGACAAGAUCAUAAUCACAAUAAUCAUCAUGAACAUGGACAUGAACAUGAACAACAUCUACACCCCAGCUCCCCAUCCUCAAAAUUCGACAACAGCUAUCACCACCUCAACGACUGCCCAUUCUACACCAGCGAAGUCUCCAACCUCAAGAUUCGAAUCAUAGAGCUAGAGUACAUCAACGCAACAUUAGAAAACAAAGUGCACAAAUACCGCGACGAAAUCCGUCUUUUCAAGAAGGAUAUCAAGGGCUACAAAAGCGACGCAAGGCAAUUCACACAGCUGCUCAAGGAACGAGAAACCGAGAUAGAGGUAUUACACAAGAAGAUCACACAGCUCCUAAACCAGGACACGCAGCCUUUGUCGCCGCUUUCGACGCUGGGCUCCUCAUCCAAAAGGAGUAACGGCAGCAGUAACAGCAGUCGCAAACGGUAUAGUGGCAGCACUUCUAGCCCGGCGAAGGAUCGUUUCUCUGGAAAGUAUUAUCGUACGCUGGAGCAUAUUGAUGAGACCCCAUCAGAGCAUGAAACGCAGUGGUGGAUCUGA